AUGUUUGUUCUUCUUAUAGGAUACUGUACAUCGAAGGGAGACAUCAUCUUUCUUCUAGAUGAAUCAGGAUCUAUUGGUUCUCAAAAUUUCGUGACAAUGAAAUAUUUUGUACGAGAUCUCCUGUCAGAAUUUUCCAUAGGUCCCAGUGCAAAUCAGUUCAGCAUUGUGAAAUUCCAUUCUUCAGCAACAGAAGCAUUUAGUCUGAACAGAUUCACAAGCCUCAGCAGUCUGCAAUCUGCUGUUCUGUCUCUAACUUAUUCUUCUGGUGGAACACAAAUAGGAACUGCGCUUAACUUCGUUCGUCAGUAUUCGUUUUUAACAAGCAAAGGCGCAAGGGCUGAUGCAGCAAAAAUUGUCAUCUUGAUAACAGAUGGACAGAGCACAAUAUCCAAUGAGGCCCAAUUGUUAAAGGACCAAUUUGUCACUAUUUUUUGUGUUGGUGUAACCAGUGGAAUCGAUGAGCAGGUAUUGAGGAGUGUGUCAUCACAUAAUGAUUAUACGUACAUCACUGAUAACUUCAUCACGCUAUCAGGUAUACAGACGAUUCUUGGAGAAAAAUCCUGUGCUGAAUCGAUAGAUGAUUGUUUGAGCAAUCCAUGCCAGAACGGAGGGACUUGUGAAGAUCAGCUUGGAAAAUAUGUUUGUCACUGUAUUGGCAGCACAACAGAUAAAAACUGCUACAUUCCAGGAUUACCAGUUGUAAGUACAGGAUCGGGCAGAACAAUCAGUCUCGGGGGAAGUGUGACAAUCUCCUGCAGUGUCUCCGGCUCUUAUACGUUUCUUUUCUGGGAGUUCCAACAUAGCGGCAUAACUUUGAGGGUAAAUACUUCUGAUACAACAAAAUAUUAUGGAGGAACUGUAUUUAGGGCUAACCUUACCAUUUAUAACUUUGCUGCUAGCGACAUCGGCAGUUAUAGAUGUUCUGCGCAGAAUUCUUAUGGCACGGCGCAUAGCCCGACUAUGGCAUUUGUUGACAUACCUAAAACUGCACCAACAGUAUCUACAAAUUCCUCAGUCAUUGGACACUUAGGUGGCAAUAUCACCUUGUUUUGUACCGUAAGCUCCCCCUACCCGCCCGCUAUAUCUGUUACCUGGGAAUUUAAUAGCGCUCAGAUCAGCACAGCUUCAGGGGGACGAUUCAGUGGCGGAAGCGUUUUAGUGCCUUCCUUAACAAUCUCCAAUCUACAAAUGACAGACCAGGGGUACUAUUAUUCCUUUGCUACAAAUAUGUAUACAUCCAGUAGCAAAGCUUAUGUUUAUUUAACAGUCGUUAAUAUUAACGAGUGCCUUAGCUCUCCCUGUCAACACAAGGCGACAUGUCACGAUUUAAUCAAUGGAUUCCGAUGUGAAUGUCCAGCUGGAUAUGAUGGCAGUCUUUGUAGUAACGGUAACAUCAUUAACACUCUCACACAGGAAAACAUUAGAUGUUUUCCUAGUACUGUGAGCGAAUAUUUAUCACCACAAACCAGGUAUAUUUAA